AUGCUCUCAUCAUUAGUCGCCAUCCCGCUCGCCCUCCUGUCCAUAACAGGCGUCAGCGCGCAGGGCGAUCUGAGUGUGGCCAACAAUGUGACGGAUCUUGAAGGGACAUGGAGUAGUAACUCUGCGGUGUCUACUGGUGGGAACGUUGUCAUCCCCUCAGAGAUGACCUUCAACUACCCCAACAACAGCGGUAUCUCUUACUCCUUCACCAACGAUGGCUACUUUGAAGAACUCGUAUACCAAUACAACUCCAACUCGUCCAACCCCGCCUGUAUCCAAGCCUACAUCUACUGGCAACACGGUACAUACGAACUCAACAACAACGGGUCUAUGACCCUCUACCCCUUCUCUUCAGACGGCCGUAUCCAGGUGCAAGACCCUUGUGCUGCUACCACCAACAUCAUCACGUAUUACAGCAACCAGGUCAUGUUUACCGAUUGGGGAAUCACUGUGGACCCUAGCAAUGGGCGAUACGUUUUGCAGAUGAAUGCUUUCGACCAGGCCAAGAUAGCUCGUAUGUACCUCAUCGCCAAACCCCCCAACAUGCUCCCCACCCAAUACAUUACCGGUACCAACGCUACCGGCCAGACCAACUCGCGAAAGCGAGACCUCACCGCCCCCGUCCGAGACUUCUUCAAGCGCUCCGCUGCUGAGCCGAGGAUGGUGCUCGGGAACGGGCAGAUCCUGGGUAUGGUCGGUGCGGUGGGGACGGUUGUUGUUGGUAUGAUGGCGUUGUUCUAG